GUGUGUCCGUGUUUGUGUGCGUGCGUGUGUGCAUUUCAAGGUCUGUGCGCGCGUGCGUGUGUGUGUGUGUGUGUGUAGAUGUCGUCAGCUUCUUUUCGAGCGCUACGUUCAACUCAUCGCCAUACUGUGCGAGGAGAGCUGCGAACGGAUGACACUCUACCAUUAGUACACACUUUGAGCUAAAAAGUCAAGAAUUUUUCCGGUGUACGACCUUCUCACUUAGAGGUGCUUGGGCAUUGCAUUCCCCGUGCAUAUUUGGAAACUGACUGUCCAGAGAUAGAUACCGAGUACUGUACAUGCAUGGCUCUGCUAAGGUGCAAACGUGAUGAAGAUGUGUUACCUCAUUGCGCUCUGCCCUUGACGUAAUCUGGAGGUACUAGAAACUUUGUUCUCGAAGGAGAAGGCUAACCAAGCUAGUUAUUCGAGGCGAAAGGUUCAGCGCAUACUCUUGCACAGGAUCCGUGUCGUGUCAUACGCACACAGUUCCAUUGGAUCUACAGAAUCGGGGCAUUAGGAGAACUCUGGUGAAGUGCUCUCUGCACUAGGCAUAGACACACAGAAACUGGAUGAGGUGACUGAGAGAAGGCAAGUCGUACGCUUUCUGCCGGGAAGAGAUCACCCAGGAUUUGACAAGUUGGCACGGUAUGGCUUAGGACAAUCUUGUGGAAUACAACCUCUGGCCUGACUCCGUCUCCAGGAGACUGGCUCAGCGGGACGAAGAUCUCAGCAGAUUGUAAAGCCUAUGAUAAUCGCGACGAUGGUGCAACACCAGUGUCGCUUCAGAGGUAGCGCGCAGUGCCAUGAGCGCCAUCACAGCUUUCUCCACCUGUGGUACCUUGCCUUAUCUCUGCUAGGCGUCAGCAGUUGGGCCGAUGCGUUCAACUUUUCAAUAGACGGCGCUGCACUGAAUACCAUCACAGGAACGACACACUUUGGCGGCGAGCCUGUCUAUUUCGUACUUGAUUCUGUGAAGCAGCCAGUCAGUGUCACAGUGGCGAACGGCGCGUUGGCAUUCGGCAAGCUACAGGCGCGGAGCGGUGAUAAGAGCGGACUGGCUCUGAGUUGGACCAAGCGCCACGAUGAGGCUGCAACAACACUGGCGUGGUCGACCACGUCCUCCAAUGCAGAUAUUAGUGUCUCUCUCCAGAAUGGAGUAAACCUUGAAACGCUGGACAACCCUGCAUUCCUGGCUGGCGGCAGUGCACUGCUUGAUGUAGUCCUGCGCUGUGCGAGCACUGUGCAAUCAGCUGCAGCAGCAAGACCAUCGGCGUCCAUUGCUGAAGAAGGAACUGUCAAGAUCUAUUUCACUUUCACAACACCUACUUCUGACGGGCUUUCCACAAAGACAUUACCAACAUUCCACCUUGACAUUCCAGUGGCAUGCCAACCGGAUAUUGAGGCAAUAACUUCAGGUUCAAUCCAGCCUGGAGAGAAUACUUCUAGUACUACGGCAGUAAUCGAUGAGGCUCCUCACCUGGGAGAUAACUCGUUGGCAAGGUCUCCAGCCGAUUCUGACCUCGCCCGAGAGUUCACUCCUACGUCUGUGAGCCCAAUUCAAACGUCAUCAUCAUCAGAUGGUGGCCUCGGCUCGGGCAGCACAGUCAGCACUUGGACAUUGGUUGUCGUGGUAGUGGCGGCCAUUAUUGUCGUUGCCCUGGUGAUAACAAUCCUGUUCCUCAUGCACAGGCGUAGAAACGGCAGCAAGGGUGCAAGCGACAAUGUCCGUGACAUCACAAAGUCAAAGAAGCUUCAAGGAAUGGAAACUCCGGAUGGCAAUUUCGACACAUCUCCACCCAUGUCCAAGGAAUCAACUCUGAUGCUGGACGAGAAGUACAUAGUUAACAAGCGGGAUCUGAUCAUUGGAAAGGAGCUAGGAAAAGGUGCGUUUGGUGUGGUUCACGAAGGCAUACUGAACGGAGACAGGGUAGCAGUGAAGAAGCUGAGAGACAUUGACUCAAAGCACACUCACGUUGCGAAGAUUCUGGAUGAAGCACACUGCAUGAGCGAGUUUCAUCACCCGAACGUCCUGCCUUUGAUUGGCGUUGCUGUUGGUGAUGACGGAAUGCCACAGCUGGUUACACCAUUCAUGGACGGUGGCGAUCUGCUGUCGUUCUUGAGGACGUUCUCCCUGAGCGCACAAAGUCCAACAAAGCGCCUGUCGCUGAAGACGAUGCUCAGUUUUGCCAAGCAGGUGGCCAUGGGUAUGCAGUACCUGUCCGAGCGCAGCUUCAUUCACCGUGACCUGGCUGCACGGAACUGCAUGUUGAGCAAGGAUCUGCAGGUGAGGGUUGGAGAUUUCGGACUGGCACGUGACGUGGAGGAGGAUAGCUACUACAGGGUGAACACCGAAUGGUGCUUGCCUGUGAGGUGGAUGGCCCUGGAAGGAUUGCAGUAUCACAAGUUCUCUCCUCACUCCGACACGUGGUCGUAUGGUGUGCUGCUAUUUGAGAUCUUUACGUGUGGAGCGGUACCGUAUGCAGGCUUGGCCAAUGCUGAAAUCCUGUCCUAUCUGAAUGCUGGCCAUCGCCUUGACCAACCCAAGGGAUGUUCCGAUGAACUGUAUGAUCUCAUGCUGGCAUGCUGGAAGCAAGAUGCUGCUUGCCGACCAGCUUUCUCAUCCAUCCUUUCGCGACUCGGCGAUUACAAAGUCGAAUUCCCGUCACCGUUACACACCCAUCAAGCUGAGGACGUGCAGCGGAAUGGGGACCCGAAAGACGACGGCACCUCCCUCGCCAUGGUUAUAUCCAAGAAAUCAGCAAAGACUCGGCACAACACGUAUGACAUGUACGACAUGCCCAGCGACUACCAGACCCGUGUCACUACAGAGCAGCGGCAGCAGCAGUCCAGGUUUAACACCGGUGUCAGCAGCACUCAGGAUGAGCUAGUCUAUGAGAACGCCCCCUCGGCCAAGGACUCGACGACGACGAGUGUGCUAGCUAGCCCCUUAAACUCUUCACACACAUCUUAUUGCAACUUCGAGAACACAGCACGCUAUACCAAUCUGCCUGGUUCUUCGUAAUAUAUGAAUUUAUAUCCUCGAAUAGAAAUAGAAACUUAUGUUCAUCAGAAAAUUCCCAAUCAGAGAUGAAGAUAUUUUUGCACUACAUUCCCACAAAAAAAUUCUCAUAAAUUUGAUUGACCUUA